CAUUAUCCCAAUAACUCACAUCAAUAUUUUGUUAAGCUAAAGAGAAGAGAAUUUUCCAUGUUGGAGAAGAGGUACACAGCACUUACCUUGCCAUGCACGUUGGCUCUGCUUGGAAUCUUCCUGGUGUUUAUGACCUGUGAGGUCUUCACGGUUCCAACCCAUUACGAUUACUACGAUGUGAUUUGCGCCGAGCCGAUGUGUUCCGAUCUAUGUCCUGCUGGUCAGUUUCUGAAACCAAACGAAGAUGGCUGUGACACUUGCGAGUGCUUCGAUCCUUGUAAAAUGACGUGUGGCGAACAGAGAUGCGAGCUGACGUAUGCCUUUGAUGAGUUCAACAGGUGGAGACCCAAGCCUGUCUGUUGCAUGUGAUGUCGUGCUAUUAAACUGUAUUGUAAUGUAUUUACAAUUGUAUUGUAAAUCCGAUACGUUGUAUUGCAAUGUUGAUGUAAUGUAAGGAAGUUUGUUGCGAAUGCAAUGUGAGCUGAUGUAAUUUAAUGGUAAUGUGAUCCAUUGUAGUGUGUCGAAAAAGUCAUGUGUUAUAAUGUAAUGAUGAAAGUGAAUUAUUUUAAUGUAUCAUAAGUGUGAUACUGCAUUUUAUUUCAAUACAGUUAAGACAUUGCCACAAGUGAUUUCUUUUACUUUUUUGUGUCUUUAAAAAACACAGAACAAUAAAUUUUUAUAUAUUUAUAUGUUCAUAUAAAUAUAGAAUUAAGCAUAAAAGUUAUCUAUAAUAUAAGCUUUCAUAUCUUAUC